AUCGAAAAAAGUCAGUCCUCUUUCUUUGGUAGCGGUGCUUGUUUUAAACAUUUUUGGUGAUUUUUUGCAGAAAUAGUGAUCAAAAAUGGUGUCGUUGAAUCCAGUCCGUAUCCUGAAAAAUGAAGCCGAAGAGGAGAAGGGUGAAAUUGCCCGUUUGUCGUCGUUCGUGGGAGCGAUAGCCAUCGGCGAUCUCGUCAAGAGCACACUAGGCCCCAAAGGAAUGGACAAAAUUUUGGUGGCUCACGGUCGAAGCGCUGGCCAGGUUGAGGUCACCAACGACGGUGCCACAAUUCUGAAAGCUGUCGGAGUGGAUAACCCUGCGGCGAAAAUUUUAGUAGACAUGAGUCGUGUUCAGGACGAUGAAGUGGGUGACGGUACUACUUCGGUAACGGUUCUAGCAUCCGAGUUGCUGCGGGAGGCGGAGAAGCUAAUUGAAAAGAAACUGCACCCGCAGACGAUCAUCGCUGGCUGGCGUGCUGCCACUAAGGCUGCACGAGAGGCCCUGAUUGCAGCGGCUCAGGACAAUUCGCAAAAUGCGGAACGAUUCCGGGAGGAUCUGCUGAACAUUGCUCGAACCACGCUCAGUUCGAAGAUUUUAUCGCAGCACAAGGAGCACUUCUCGAAGCUGGCCGUCGAUGCCGUGCUGCGCUUGAAAGGAUCCGGCGAGUUGACCGCGAUUCAGCGCAUUAAGAAAACCGGUGGCUGUUUGGAGGAUUCCUUCCUGGAUGAAGGUUUUCUGCUGGAUAAGAAACCGGGUGUUCAUCAGCCAAAGCGGGUUGAGAACGCGAAGAUAUUGAUUGCCAAUACACCGAUGGAUACCGAUAAGAUUAAGGUGUUCGGAUCGAGCAUUAAGGUGGAUUCGAUGUCGAAAAUUGCUGAAUUGGAGGUGGCUGAGAAAGAAAAAAUGAAAGAUAAGGUUAAUAAGAUUUUGAGCCACAAUUGUAGCGUUUUUAUUAAUCGGCAGUUGAUUUAUAACUAUCCGGAGCAACUGUUUGCCGACGCUGGUGUAAUGGCUAUCGAGCACGCUGAUUUUGACGGAAUCGAACGUUUGGCGCUGGUGACCGGUGGGGAGAUUGUGUCCACUUUCGACAAUCCGGAUAUGGUAAAGCUGGGCCGCUGUGAUCUGAUUGAGCAGGUGAUGAUUGGUGAGGAUACUCUGCUUCGCUUCAGUGGGGUUCCGUUGGGAGAAGCUUGUACGAUCGUCAUUCGAGGCGCUACUCAGCAGAUUAUCGAUGAAGCUGAACGUUCACUGCAUGAUGCGUUAUGUGUGCUGGCUGCAACCGUUAAAGAAUCCCGAAUUGUGUAUGGAGGUGGCUGUUCGGAAACGCUGAUGGCUACAGCUGUUUUCAAACUAGCAGCAGAAACGCCCGGCAAGGAAGCAAUGGCUAUUGAAUCAUUCGGUCGUGCACUGCUUCAACUUCCAACAACUAUUGCCGACAAUGCGGGUUACGAUUCAGCGCAGCUUAUUUCAGAACUACGGGCCGGUCAUUCGCAAGGUAAAGCCUCGCUAGGAUUGAACAUGUACGAGGGUAAGGUAGGCUGCAUGAAGGAGCUCGGAAUCACCGAAUCGUUCGCCGUCAAGCGACAGGUGCUCCUGUCCGCAUCGGAGGCGGCCGAGAUGAUACUGCGCGUGGACAACAUUAUCAAGAGCGCUCCCAGGAAACGUGUGCCGGAUCGUGGCUACUGCUAAACACCAAUUCUCAUACAUUUCCUCAUUUUUGCUUAUGCCUUAAAUAUUUAGUUGGUAACCUCCUUGACACCUAAAUAACGAUUUUGCUUCGAAUCACCGUUGCUAUAACUUAUCAUUCAUAACGCACUAUUACACUCGCGACGUUGGGUCGUCUCAGCUCGAAAUGCUAGCCGUUUCGGUCGAUUAACAUGCCUAUACUAAUCCUUUUUUCCAAUAAAUUGAAAAA